UACGAGACAAGGGAGCUCAGGGACUCCAGAAAGGUCUAUGGAUGUCCAUGCUUGGUAGCUGUCUGUCUGAUGAGCAGUUCCAGUGCUCCAUCUGUCUGGAUCUGUUCGUUAACCCUGCGUCCACUUCAUGUGGCCACAGCUUCUGCAUGGCCUGCAUCAACAGGCACUGGGAUAGAGCUAAGGUUUACCAGUGUCCGUUGUGUAUGAAGACCUUCCCGAAGCGGCCUGACCUCCAGAUCAACAGGACCCUGCGAGAGAUCACUGAUCAGUUCAAAGCCAUGAGAGGAGGGGGAGGGAAAGGGAGGGAGAGGCUAGGUGCUGUCUGCGGAGCAAUGCCAGGAAGCUUCAUAGACGGACUGAAGAGGAAGAUUCCUCGACCUCUGCCAAAACCACCAACAAAGCCGAACCUCGAGCCUACAGCAGACCCAUCCUUGUUAGCUACAUCAAUGCCGAGCUCCUCACAUGGACCCCAUGGACCCCAACCACCACCUCCCCCUUAUAGAACCGGCAGUGGCCGGAGAAGGUUCACAGUGAUUGGCGUAGGUGAAAGCCUCCCUAUCUGCCCGAUCCACCACAGAGGAAUAAUGACCUACUGCAGAACUGACAACGUUUGUAUCUGUCCGGAGUGUGCGACCGAGGACCAUCCGGAUCACGACACAGUGAAUAUAGAGGUCGAAUGGACACAUACCAAGACCCAGUUGACUGUGUCGGAGCUGGAGAUCCAGGAUAUGAUCAGACAAAGAAUCAAGAAGAUCGAGGAGAUGAAAAUGUCGAGGGCUGAGCUGGAGUUUGCAGUGGAGCGAGAGACGGCGGGCAGCGUUAGCCUGUUUUCUAAGCUCGUGUCCGCCAUCGAGCGCUCCCAGGCAGAGCUGAUGGAGGUGAUGGAGAUGAGCCGGAGGGCUGCCGAGCACCAGGCCGACGUGAUGAUACGACAGCUGGAGCUGGAGGUCGAAGAACUGCGGAGGAGAGAAACAUCUCUAGCUGAGCUCCGCCAAUUAGACGAUGCCCUGCAUGGUGUCAAGACUUUCCCAACUCUCUCCAAUCACCCGCCCACCAAAGACUGGUCCGUGGUGUCAGUGAACACUGACCUGGGAACAGGAACCAUCUAUAGAUCGCUGGCCGCUCAGGUGGAGAGCUUCCAGAAUGAACUGAAGAAGGUUGCAGAAACAGGUUUUCCAGCACCAGUACUGGAGCCAAGUCCACCUCGUACACAGCCCAGAAUAAUGAGGGUACAGGACUAUGCACUGGAUGUGACUAUGGACUGUAACACCGCCCACCCCAGACUGAUAGUGUCAGAGAACAUGAGGAGUGUAAGGUGUGUAGACAGACCCCAGAUGCUUCCAGAUAACCCUGAGAGGUUUGACCGAGUCGUCUGUGUCCUGGGCAGGGAGACGAUCUCCUCUGGGAGACACUACUGGGAGGUGGAGGUUGGCGGAAAGACGGACUGGGAUCUGGGGGUGGCUCGACAAUCCAUCAACAGGAAGGGGAAGAUUGACGUUACCCCAAGCAACGGAUACUGGUUCCUCAGCCUGAGAGACAAGAACAAGUACGCCUUACGCACCGAGCCCUCCACAGACGUCCACAUGAGCCUCAAACCUCAGAAGAUCGGGGUGUUUGUGGACUACGAGAAAGGACAGGUGUCGUUUUACAAUGUGGACUCCAAACUCCACAUCUACACGUUCAACGACAGUUUCAGCGGGUGCAUCAACCCGUUCUUCAGCCCCUGCACCAACAAGUCAGGGAAGAACGAGGGGCCGCUGAUUGUCACGCCAGUAACCAUGACCCAAUAAUGAAACAACAACUGAGAGUUACUGGACGUCUCUUUUGCCUAAUAUUUUCUUCCUUAGCUCUGUUUAAAAAAUACAUCAUGUUUUUGUACAUACUCACUUCAGACUUCUUUACUUCCGGUUGCAGAAUAUUGGAGCUAACUUUGAAGGUUUUUAUGAAUACAACUGAGACAUUUUAAUGUCCUAUUUGAAAUGAUUUACCAAGCUUUUAAUAAAA